CCCGGCGGCCGUGCGUACUGCGUCGUCUCUAUGGUGGCGGCGGAUUCGGAGGGACCGAAGGAUCCCGGAGCAGGGCGAUCAGAUCUGCCGCUGCAGGAUGUUCCGCCGGGAGGGCUCCAUCCCUCUCCGAAGCUCAGCCGCCGCCCUGUGCAACAACCUCAGCGUGCUGCAGCUGCCCGCGCACAACCUCACCCACUUCGGGGUGGUUCAUGGACCAAGCGCGCAGCUUCUCAGCGCUGCCCCUGAGGGCGUGCCCUUGGCCCAGCGGCAGCUGCAUGCUAAGGAGGGCGCUGGGGUGAGCCCCCCACUUAUCACUCAGGUCCACUGGUGUGCCCUGCCCUUCCGAGUCCUGCUGGUGCUCACUUCACAUCGUGGGAUACAAAUGUAUGAGUCUGAUGGCUCCAUCAUGGUCUACUGGCAUGCACUGGAUGGUGGAGAUGCCCCUCCAGUACAAGCUGUGUUUGCCCGAGGAAUUGCUGCCAGUGGCCACUUCAUCUGUGUGGGGACGUGGUCAGGCCGGGUGCUGGUGUUUGACAUCCCAGCCAAGGGUCCCAACAUCGUACUGAGUGAGGAGCUGGCUGGGCACCAGACACCAGUCACAGACAUCGCUGCCGAGCCUGCGCAGGGACAGGAUUGUAUGGCUGACAUUGUGACAGCAGAUGACUCGGGCCUGCUGUGUGUCUGGCGGUCAGGACCUGAAUUCACUUUAUUGGCCCGCAUUCCAGGAUUUGGGACCCCAUGCCCUUCUGUACAGCUGUGGCAGGGGAUUGUAGCAGCAGGCUAUGGGAACGGGCAGGUGCGUCUGUAUGAGGCCACUACAGGGACGCUGCAUGUCCAGAUAAAUGCCCAUGCUCGGGCCAUCUGUGCUCUGGACCUGGCUCCUGAGAAGGGCAAGCUGCUCUCUGCAGCCGAGGACACAUUUGUGCACAUCUGGAAGCUGGACAGAAACCCAGAGAGUGGUGACAUUGAGGUGGGACACUGUCAUGGUGAGUGUAUACCCGACACCCAGGUGUGUGGCGCUCGGUUCUGUGACCCCUCGGGCAGCUCCUUUGCUGUGACUGGCUACGACCUUGCCGAGAUCCUGAGAUUCAGCAGUGCAUGACAGAAGAGCAGCCUUCCCCGUCCCCGCGGUAUUUAUAAAGUACCUUCCACCCA